AUGCGCGUUGCCUUUGCCUUGUCUGCACUUGCCGCCAAGCAGUCGGUGGUGUCGCUGAUCGCCGACGAACGGUUGAGCCUGGAGCAAGAGUUGGCCGAGUGGAAGGCCGAGUUUCGCGAUGAACAGGUGGACGCCGAACUCCAGCGCAUCCUGGACUCCAAAUUCUCGGUCGAAGGAGCUGCGUUGACCAACCCCGACGCCACGUUCGACUGGCGCAACCACUUCGCCUUGCUCAGCAACGACGAGUUCAAGAAGUACGUGGCCGUGUCCUUUGGUCGCGGGUCGCACUUGCGCGGCGAGAUUAUCGACACGCUCGAGGACGAGACCGCGUCGUUGCAGGCGACGUCCAAGGACUGGACCACGUCUGGCUGUGUGAAUGCCGUGCAAAACCAAGGCAGCUGCGGAUCGUGCUGGUCGUUCUCGUCUGUGUGUCACGGGUCGGUGCACUGCAUCAAGACGGGCACGUUGCUCAAGUUGGCUGAGCAACAAUACGCUAUCCACUACGCUGCCAGUGGGUUAUGCUUGUCGUCGGCGUACCCGUACACGUCCGGCAGCACCGGCCAAACCGGCGCCUGCAAGAGCUGCACUAAGCAGGCACUGGCCAUUGGAUCCAGCCCCGUGUCCGUGACCGUGGAGGCCGGCAACAACGUGUGGAAGAACUACAAGAGCGGGGUGGUGUCGGUGUGCCCCGGGUCACAGUCUGACCACGCCGUGCUCGCCGUGGGCAACGAUGGCUCGUCCUUUAAGGUCAAGAACUCGUGGGGUGGGGGCUGA